GAAGCUCGAUGUUCAACACUGAUUCCUAAAAGGCUGGAAGGAAUGAUGAUACUCUAUGAUCAUCCUCUACGGGGUUAACCUCCCGAGGAGUGCUCUCUAUACUUUACUUUUUGUGUUCGUUCACGGUGAACGCCGGAUCUCUUCCUGAGAAUGUGAUUUUUGUCUUCGGCCCAUGACUUUACCCUGUGCGGAACUGUAGAACUCUCCUUGUCUAAUCCUACAGAGUUACUCGAACUUGCUACGCUGGACCAUGCUAGAUCUGUCGAAACUUACUUCAUAUCCGCCUCCAGUGAGCUUUGGUCCAGUUGCUGACGUCAAAGUUCGGCCGCUUCUGCCUCUCUCUACACCUCCGGCACCUGUCACGCUCCCCUCACUACCUCCAUCUCCUCGUUCAUGUACUCUGGGACCUAGUUGGACCAUUUCAACACAUUUGAUUCCUGCUGCAUAUCCACGUACAACUCCUGACAUUGAUAUUGCUCCGCCAGUGUUCUCGCCUAACAAAGAGAAAUGGAAGCAACACGUAGCGGAUACUACGAAUGAACUAUCACAGCUGAAGCGGAAACAAGCGAACGGCGAGUUAGAUGGUCUCAAGAAGAGCGAAAAGUUAUUGUGGUGUGUAGCUGAUCGAUAUGUCAGAAAGGAUAGGAAAUCGGAGAAUGUGGGAGGAGCUAGUAAAGGAGUGUCCUUGUUCUUUGCUCAUGCAAAUGGCUUUAACAAGGAGAUUUGGGAACCCACCCUACAAUAUCUCCUGAACUCCAUUAAUACGGUUGACAUAGUUGAGAUCUGGCUAUGGCAAGCUAUAAACCAUGGAGAUGCAGCGUUGAUCAACGCAUCUAAUCUCUGCGGAAUAUAUGAUUGGGUGGACAAUGCGCGCGAUAUCUUACAUUUCCUUCUCUAUUACAUGCCAUCGUCGACAGUAGACGUUCCACCAGCGCAUCUCACUCGUCUUACUGAAAGUGUUGCGCGUUCACGGAAGACCUUUGGCUUCCAAACACGUCAACUUGUUGCUGUAGGUCACUCUUUCGGAGGCUGUUCCGUUGCUCUGGCGGCCAUUAACCAUCCAGCUCUCUUCUCUUCGAUUAUUUUCGUAGAUCCUAUGAUCCGUGUUCUCAGACCAGAUCAACCCCUCGCCAGUAGCGCAGUUUACAAGAACGUCUCUGGCGCAAUCUCUCGUAGAGCACAUUGGUCUUCUCGGGAUGAAGCUCGUCGUCUCUUCUUGAAGUCGCCGUUCUUCCAGGCGUGGGAUCGUGCAGUUCUCGAUGCUUAUAUUGACUAUGGGCUGACUGAAGAUGAGCAGUCGGGUGGGGUAAAGCUGAAGAUGCCUGGUUUCCAAGAAGCCGUUGUGUUCGCAGAAUCUUUGACCUGUUACGAAACAUGGCUAUUACUGGACCAACUGCACGAGAACAUUGAACUUAGGUGGAUCAUGCCUGGCAAAGUUCCUCCCGAGGAGCUUGUUGAGAAGCAGGAACUCGUUUGGAAACGUCCGAAGAAUUCAAGCAAUGUCCUCAUUCACUCAGCUGGGCACCUCAUUUCUCAUGAGGCACCAAAGAAACUUGCUCUAGAAAUUUCUUCAUUCCUGGAACGUAAAUACGGCGUCCCUUCACCCUCUAGCCGUCUAUAAGCUAUAAAUCCAUAUGUUCACGACGUCUUGACGUCCGGACCUUACGCAAAUAUCAUAUUUGCCGUCUACGAAUGGCUGUCCGCUCUUAACGAUGCAAGCUCAAGACUAAGGUUAUUUAAAGUUAUGUUAAUUUCACUCUUGGCGGGAGUCGGCUGUGUGACUGCGCAAGUCGUCGCCAAUAACCAAUAGGUACUUCUCCUGAAUGUUCAGGAUCCUUAUUGGUCUAUUCAGGAAGAUGCUGUGUAUCGUUCGGGGCAUUAUGGGAGAGUAAAGCCGAACGUCGUAAGGUGGUUUUACUGACUUGGCGCCCCUUGAUACGAUAUUCGCAAUGUCAUUGUUCGCUCGACGCACACCUCUAAGCAGACAAUACAUUGCCUUGUAUUGUAGUAGCCUCAGUGUCCAUGAUUCGCAACGGAGGUAGAGUUAGCUACAAGGAUUAAACAAAAGGGUGAAACUGUCU